GUACGUUGAUCCAAACACCCAAAACUCACUCUCUCUCUCUGUCCGCUCCGCACUGUAAACAGCAGAUGAGUGCUUCAAAAAUCUCAGAAACAAAAAUCCAACUUAGUCUAAAAACAAAAGAUCAGACACAAACCAAACACAUAAAAAAACCUUAAAAACAUGAAAGCUUUUCUAAAAUAACUGGAAAAAAAAAAAGAUCCUCUCGUUUUGAAGCUAUUUCCGUACGCGUUUUUAGUUCUUCCUCUACUUCCAAUCAGAUCCAUUUUUCUCCUUAAACCCUUCAAUCUAAGCCCCUCUACUUCUCUCUAUUUCUCAGUAUAAGGAGCACUGGUUUUUCAUGAAACCAAGGAUUUGGACUAUAACUAGUUUCUUGGACUUGAAGAUGGACGGCCAAGAUUGAGUUUUGAGAUCAAAGUUUCUUCCUUUUUGUUGGUUCUGUGUUUUUUUUUGUUUUGGUUAUUGUUGUUGUUGGUGUUUUUUUGUGAGAUGGGAAGUACUUCUGGUGAGGCUAAAUCCAACGUCAUCGAUGCGUCGGUGGGCGGUUUGGUUUGGGUCCGACGCCGGAACGGGUCGUGGUGGCCGGGUCGGAUAAUGGGAAUCGACGAGUUGUCUGAAGGCUCUUUGGUUUCACCAAGAUCGGGGACUCCUGUCAAGCUGUUGGGCCGCGAGGACGCAAGCGUGGAUUGGUAUAAUCUUGAAAAAUCGAAGAGGGUGAAGGCAUUUCGUUGUGGGGAGUAUGAAGAAUGUAUUGAAAAAGCAAAGGCUUCUGCAGCUAAUUCCAAUAAAAAAGCCGUUAAAUAUGCUCGAAGGGAAGAUGCCAUUCUCCAUGCUCUUGAGAUUGAGAGUGCCCGCCUUGGCAAGGAUCGUUUGGACUUCUUUAGAAGAGAGAAUUCAGGUGGUGACCAUGGUAGCUCAGCUAAAGAGUCACCUAAUAUGUCCCACUCUGUUGAAGAAAAUGGGGAUGUGGGUGACAAUGUGAGUGGUUCUGAAGACAAUUCAAAUUCAGCACCAGAGUUAUCUCAAUCUGGUAUAUCUUUUGAAGAGCCAAAUCAUAAUAGUUCUGCUAAGGUGCAAUCUGUCCAGGGAAGAAGAAGAAAAACCCCAAAUGACUCGGAGGAUGACGGAACAGAAGGAGUUAAGCGUAUGAGAGGACUUGAGGACCUUGGCAUGGGUGUAGUGUCGAAAAGGAAGGCUGGGGGGGUGCUUGAUACGGUUCAACAAGAUAAUGCUCCACUCUGUGAUUCUAGCACUGGGAAUUGCAUAUCUAAUGGAAGUCCUGUCAAUGGUAGCAAAGGUUAUUCGACAUCACUCAAAAGAAAGAGAUCUCAAGUGGCGAAUGUUCAUGAAUUCUUGAAAAAGAAAAACCGUCGCCGACCAUUGACAAAGGUUUUGGAGAGUACAGCCAUGGUGUCUGUUCCAGUUAUUUGCGAUCAACUUCCCAGUUCAAGUGAUUCACCUCGUCAGGGUAUAUCUGAUGGCAGGGUUUCAGGAUUAGAAUCUAAUGAGUCAAAGAAAUCUAUGAUUAUUAACAAUAAUUCGGACAGCACUGUAGUUUCAUGUGAGAAUGGAACCCCUUUAAAGGCUUCUGAACAGGCUUGUGAUGCUUCCCAUAUCAAUUACAAGAUAAAGGAGAAUGAAAUUUCUAGCAUAAAUGGGUUAGCUGAGAAUGAUUCUUCUGACAGGUUAUUUGAUGUGCCAUUUGUUGGGGUCCUUGAGGAGGAAAAGCACGCUGCAGGUUUUUCUCCUAUACCUGUGUCUUGUUCCUCUGGAAGGUCUCAUGUUGGUGCAUUGGGAAGGCAAUCCAGUCAAAGUAGUCGAGCUGAAGCUGCAUCUUUGAGAAAUGAGGGACUUAAUGAAUCUGGUUCUACCAGUUUAGCCAAUGUUGAUGUUACUAUAGAGAAAGAUACUUCAAAGUGGCAGUUAAAAGGAAAGAGGAAUUCAAGACAUUUAGGUAAAAAUAGAAAACAGGACUCCAGAAAAUAUGUGGACAUGGAUGAUGGUAUAGAGCACUCGGAGGGUUCAGAUCAGAAAGUUGAUUGCAAUGGCAUUGGUGGGUCCCCUGCUUCGUAUAAUUGUACCUUACGAGCAAAGUGCAAACCAGUUGCUGAAGGUCAGGUUGAUGGGUUACGGGACUGGAACAAGCAUAUUUCUCCGAGGGAUUCUCAUAUGAGAGGGACAGUCACUGAGGGGAAGCUAUCACCUGAUGGUUCCGUGACACCUCAAAGGUCACUUCCAUUUCGUCAGUCCCGCUUUACAGUUCACUCCAGAUAUCAGAUACCAGAUUAUCCUGUCAGAAAUAUUUGCACGGAUGCUUCAUUAUAUGAUGUCAAGCUUGAGGUGAAAGCCAACAGCUAUCGUCCUCAGCAUGUCCCACUGGUUUCCCUCAUGAGUAAGUUGAAUGGUAAAGCCAUUGUUGGUCACCCUCUCACAGUUGAGGUUUUGGAUGAUGGCCAUUGUGUGGGUCUGUUGAGCAGCAUGCAGUGCAAUCUGGAAGUUGGUGAAAUGCGUGCUACUGUUAAGCCAAAUUUGGUAACUGGAAGAGUUCAUACCAAGCAUGUUGCAUUGCAACAACGUUUUUCACCAACCAAAUCAUCAAAAGUAAAGAAAUCUGGGUUAUUGUCCAAAAAGAUUCGGAAAUUGUCAUCAUUGACUGGUCACAAGCAGUCCGAAGAUGAGCGGAAACCAGUGGUAGAUAAGCCCAAAGGUACUGUUGUAUCCUGUAUCCCACUAAAAAUAGUCUUCAGUAGAAUAAAUGAAGCAGUGAAUGGAUUGGCACGGCCAACACACCGUGUAUUAACAUCUAGCAACCCGUGAAUUUGGUUGGGGAGAAGCAGUUGCUGGAUUCUACCCCUAAAUUUGGUUCUUUGCUAUUUUAGGUAUUUUGAUUCAGUUCAGCAGUCUAGUUCCUGCUUUAUUUUAACUGUGCUCGGUUUUGCAGCACUGUAUAUUCUGCCCCAAAGGUAGAAUUCUUCUGUACAAUUUCGUGCAUUUCCUUGUUGUAGAACUGGUAGGAGUACGAUAAAUGGAGGCUUCUCUUGGGUUUUGUAUAUAAUGUAACAUUAGCUGAGGUGUAAAGAUGGUGAUCUGGUAUUAGGUAUUGGUGACCUGAUAUUAGUUAUUUUAAUUUAUGAAUUCAGGUUGAUUCAAAGGCAAUAACUUCA